GCUGUUUUUUUACUACUUACAAAACAAAACAAAAAAACGGCUAAACGUUUUCUACUAUUUAUAUCCCCUCGUUCAGUGUUUCACGAACUUAUCGAGAGCUUCUUUAGGGGGUCUUUCCUCUCUUCUUCAUUAUACACACUACACUAUAGUGUUAGUGUAGAGGUAUCAGUCGUAUCACUAGAAAAAAAAAUGGCCGUGGUCACUUCAAGAAUAGUGUUAUCAUCUCUUUCUCUUCUCGUAGCACUAAUCCACUGCUUCUCACCCAUCCACUGCUCCAACACCAUCGGAAAAGGCUACCGUUUGAUCUCAAUCGAAGAAUCUCCAGACGGUGGUUUCAUCGGCUAUCUCCAAGUUAAACAGAAGAACAAAAUCUACGGCUCAGACAUCACCACACUCCGUCUCUUCGUCAAGCACGAGACCGAUGCUCGCCUCCGCGUUCACAUCACAGACGCCAAGAAACAACGAUGGGAGGUCCCCUACAACCUCCUCCCCCGCGAGCAGCCGCCGCGGGUCGGAAAACUGAUCGGAAAAUCAAGAAAAUCACCGAUCACAGUCCAAGAACUCUCCGGGUCGGAGCUCAUCUUCAGCUACACCACAGAUCCGUUCAGCUUCGCCGUGAAACGUAGAUCCAACGGCCAAACGCUCUUCAACACAAGCUCAAACUCAGCCUUCGGUGAGAUGGUGUUCAAGGACCAGUACCUCGAGAUCUCGACGUCGUUACCUAAAGACGCGUCCAUAUACGGACUAGGCGAGAACUCGCAGGCCAACGGGAUCAAACUCGUACCUAACGAGCCGUACACGCUCUACACGGAGGACGUGUCGGCCAUCAACCUCAACACCGAUCUUUACGGUUCGCAUCCGGUUUACAUGGACAUGAGGAACGUGGGAGGCAAACCGUACGCUCAUGCGGUUCUGCUUCUCAAUAGUAACGGUAUGGACGUGUUCUAUAGAGGAACGUCUUUGACUUACAAAGUCAUCGGAGGAGUUUUUGAUUUUUACUUCGUCGCCGGACCUUCGCCUCUCGACGUCGUUGAUCAGUACACUUCGUUAAUCGGACGGCCGGCUCCCAUGCCGUAUUGGUCUCUAGGGUUUCACCAAUGUAGAUGGGGAUACCAUAACUUAUCAGUUGUUGAAGACGUAGUUGACAAUUACAAAAAGGCUAAGAUCCCACUUGAUGUGAUAUGGAACGAUGAUGAUCACAUGGACGGACACAAAGACUUCACACUGAAUCCCAUCACCUAUCCUCGUGCCAAGCUACUCAAGUUCUUGGACAGAAUCCACAAGAUGGGUAUGAAGUAUGUUGUGAUCAACGACCCUGGCAUUGGUGUCAACGCUAGCUACGGUGUAUACCAACGAGCCAUGGCUAACGACGUGUUCAUCAAGUAUGAAGAAAAGCCUUUCUUGGCCCAAGUGUGGCCUGGUGCGGUUCACUUCCCUGAUUUUCUUAACCCUAAGACAGUUGCUUGGUGGGGAGAUGAGAUCCGCCGCUUCCAUGAGAUGGUCCCUAUCGAUGGUUUAUGGAUCGACAUGAACGAAGUAUCGAACUUUUGUUCUGGACUAUGCACGAUCCCAAAGGGGAAACAGUGUCCGAGUGGAGAAGGACCUGGUUGGGAUUGUUGCUUGGAUUGCAAGAAUAUAACCAAAACCAGAUGGGAUGAUCCUCCUUACAAGAUCAAUGCAACUGGAGUCAUAGCCCCUGUCGGUUUCAAGACCAUCGCCACGAGUGCUUUACAUUACAACGGUGUGAGAGAGUAUGAUGCUCAUAGCAUCUACGGAUUCUCCGAGACCAUUGCGACACACAAGGCGUUACAGUCUAUCGAAGGGAAACGUCCUUUUAUUUUAUCCCGGUCUACUUUCGUCGGUUCGGGUCGGUACGCUGCUCAUUGGACCGGAGAUAACCAAGGAACAUGGCAGAGCUUGCAAGUGUCUAUCUCAACGAUGCUAAACUUCGGAAUCUUCGGUGUUCCUAUGGUUGGUUCGGACAUCUGUGGCUUCUACCCUCAACCAACAGAGGAACUCUGUAACCGUUGGAUCGAAGUCGGUGCGUUUUAUCCGUUUUCGAGAGACCACGCUAACUACUACUCUCCACGACAAGAGCUAUACCAAUGGGACACGGUCGCUGAGUCGGCUCGUAACGCUCUUGGUAUGAGAUACAAGAUCCUUCCUUACCUCUACACGCUUAACUACGAAGCUCACAUGACCGGUGCACCUAUCGCUAGACCGCUCUUCUUCUCUUUCCCCGAGUUCACCGAGUGUUACGGCUCGAGCAGGCAGUUCUUGCUAGGAAGCAGCUUAAUGAUAUCUCCGGUUCUCGAACAAGGCAAAACAGAAGUAGAAGCUCUGUUCCCGCCGGGUUCUUGGUACCACAUGUUUGACAUGACUCGAGCCGUUGUGUCCAAGAAAGGGAAGCGCGUGAUUCUCCCUGCUCCGUUGAACUUCGUGAACGUUCAUCUUUACCAAAACACUAUAUUACCCAUGCAACGAGGAGGGUUGAUCUCGAAAGAAGCGAGAACGACGCCGUUUAGUCUCGUCAUUGCAUUCCCCGCUGGUGCUACCGAGGGGUACGCGAAGGGUAAACUUUAUCUAGACGAGGACGAGCUUCCGGAGAUGAAGCUAGGGAACGGACAGUCCACGUACAUUGACUUCUACGCUUCGGUGGGAAACGGAACCGUGAAGAUGUGGUCGGAAGUGAAGGAAGGGAAGUUUGCGUUGAGCAAAGGAUGGGUGAUUGAGAAGGUUAGUGUUUUGGGACUUAGAGGAGGAGGACAAGCUUCUGAGAUUGAGAUCAAUGGAAGUCCGGUCUCGAACCAGGAGAAGAAGAUUGAGGUGAGCUCGAAGGAGCAUACGUAUGUGGUUGGGUUGGAGGAGGAAGGAGAGAACAAGAGUGUGAUGGUUGAAGUUAGGGGCCUUGAGAUGCUAGUGGGUAAGGACUUCAACAUGUCUUGGAAAAUGGGUAUAAACGGUGCUAAUUAAUUUACAUGUGAGAGUUUGAUUUAAUUAUUGUAAAAGAGAAUGAGAUUUGAUUAAAAAUAAAUAAAUAAAUAAUGCUCAUUCUUCUUC